AUAAAGAAGAACCGCCUCUAAGUCAAAAAGUGCAGCCAGAGAUAAGAUUCAUUUUCAAUGCCUUUGCAGCUGCGUCUGAUGGCAUGGCCACCGCACUUCGCAGCAAGUGGGGAUCCAAGGCUGAUUCAUUGCAAAGGCCAGGCACAUUUAGCAUCUGCCCUGUGUCUGACACUGUGCUAGGUGCUGGGGCUGCAGCCGAACACAGCUAGGAUGGACCUGGCCUUGACCCUCUCCUUUUGAGCAUGGUCCUUGGAGAAAAGAGGAUCGCCAGAGGCAGGAUGUGAUUAUUAUGGCACCUGCAUUACUGAUUCUCCUGGGGGCUACGGUGAUACUGAGAGCUGGCUCACUUGCUGAUAAAAAACCUUCACUUCUCCCACCUACCAACUUCACCAUCAAAGUUACUGGCCUUUCGCAAGUUCUUUUGCAUUGGGAAUCAAAUCCCGAUCAAGAGCCAACGAAUAUAGAGCUAGGCUAUCACGUGAGAAUAAAUGCUCCACAAGAAGAAGAUUAUGAAACCAGGAACACUGAAAGCAAACGUGUAACCGUUCUUCAUAAAGGCUUCUCAGCAAGUGUGCAGACGGUCCCCUGGAACGGCCAGCCCCUCCCAGCAAGCAGCUGGGUUUCUGCUGAGCUUAAAGCCCCACCUGGGUCUCCUGAAACCUCAAUCAUGAAUUUAACCUGUACCACAAACACCACAGUGAAUAAUCGUACUCCGUUAAGGCCAUACCAAGUUUCUCUUCACUGCAGCUGGCUAGCCGGCAAGGAUGCCCCUGAGGAUACACAGUAUUUCCUCUACUAUAGGUAUGGCUCCUGGACCGAAGAAUGCCAGGAGUACAGGAAAGAUUCCCUGAACAGAAAUACUGCAUGCUGGUUUCCAAGGACUUUUAUCAGUAGCAGAGGGAGUGAGCCACUCGCAGUGCAUGCUAAUGGCUCAAGCAAGCAUGCUACAAUCAAGCCUUUUGAUCAGCUGUUUGCUCUUCAUGAAAUUGAUCGCGUUAAUCCUCCAGUGAAUGUCACAGCAGAGACUGAAGGACUGCGUCUUUCAAUUCAGUGGGAAAAACCAGUUUCUGCCUUUCCAAUUCACUGCUUUGAAUAUGAAGUGAAAAUUUACAACACAAGGAAAAAUUAUUCCCAGACAGAAAAAAUUACGACAAAUACAUUCACCUCAAUAAUUGAUGAUAUUUCUAAGUAUUCCAUUCAAGUGAGAGCCACAGUGAGCUCUGUGUGCAGACAGAUGGGGUUUUGGAGUGAGUGGAGUCAACCUAUAUAUGUGGGAAAUGAUGACCAGAAGCCCUCCACAGAAUGGUUUCUUAUCGCGCUUAUGGCAGCCAUCUGCUUCAUCUUGUUAAGUUUCUCCUUCAUCUGUAAAACAGCUCACUUAUGGACCAGGUUGUUUCCACCAGUUCCAGCACCAAAAAGUAGUAUUCAAGAUUUCUUUGUAAUCGUCAGCUCUGAGAAAACUGUUUCCACCGAAACAGAAAUUGAAGUCAUAAGUUAUGUGGAAGAGCCUGGAUUUGAGACUCUGGAAGAUUCUGUGUUUUGAUUGGCACUGCAGCGUUCUCAAAAUGAACUCACACUCACAUGCCUCAGCGAUAAGAAGAACGGGAACUGUUGUUUCUUGGCUAAGAAGAGCUCAGCAUUUACUGAACACUCCAUUUAGCUGCAAGGCAAUACACUCAGACAAAUCUCUUGGAAGUGUACAUGCCUCAUCAAAAACUCCUUGCUCACUCAGGGUGAUUGAUUAAUCUGACCAUUCUGCCAUGUCUUUUCUACCCACUCUACAGGGUACCAACUCCUCACCUGCCAGUCUUUGUGAUUUACAUUACUUACCUCAAACUUUUGUACAUCAGACAGUUUUUAAGGCUGAUGUCAAUUGGCAGAGCUGGUUUUACAGCUCAAGCUGCCAAUAGUAAUACUCAACUAAAAUAUCAGGAAGAAAGUGUUUUGCACCAGCCUGGAGUUAAUUAUGAACUUAGAUUUGAGACUGUCUUUCCUAGGGGUAGAGCAAGUGGGAGCCAUGGUGUUUUUGUUGUUGUUUUGUUCCUGUUUUUUUCGUUGUAGAAUACUUUUUCUCUCAAGUAGAGUGUUGGGGGAGUAGGGGCAGGAAAGGGAGAGAAGCAUUAUUUCAAGUACUAUAGGUCUGAUUUAGGAAGCAUGAUUUGAAGCAAACUCAUGAAAAACAUGAAGAGCUAAUGUAUCACACCAUACAAAAACAGAGAACAGGAUAUUGUUUGAGAUUAUAUUCUUGAAGACAGCCUUGAUAUUUAAGAACAUACUGAGAAAGGCAUUAGGUAGAAUUGGGUUGGGAAAGGGAACGCUCAAACAAGAAUGAACUUUCUGAAGAGAUGUUUGCUUGCAAAGAUUUUAGAGCAACUUGUUGGGUGCUGUUCAAAGAGCUUUGGGUCAGUCCUGGCCUUUUAGGUUCCAAAGGCAUCUUACAAGCAUCCCAUCAAAUAUCCCAAUCUAGACAUCCUCUCAUAGGAUGUUUUAUGCCUUUCAGAGUUGGUUUAGUCAACUGGAUUCAAUAAUGGGGCACACGGACUACCAAAAACUUGCAGAGGGUGCUCUUUUGGUAACCAGCCAUUGAAACUAGCAGCAGGUUGGACCCAGAAUAGGCCAAGAAGGAGGACAGCUGUCAUUGCUGCCUGUUUCCACAUACUAUGGACUGCAUGUUUGUGCCUAUCGCCUUCCAAUUCAUAUCGGAACUCUACACCCCAAAGUGAUGGUAUUAGGAAGUCGGGGUCUUUCAGAGGUGAUCAUGUCAGAAGGAUGAAGCCCUCAUGAAUGGGAUUAGUGCUCUUUUCAAGAGAGCCCAGACAGUUUUCUCUCCUCUAUGUAAAGAUACAAGUUGGCAUUGUGAAAGCAGUAGGAGGUCUCUCCUGAGAACCCUGCCAUGGUGGCCCCUUGACCUGAGAAUACCAGUCUGCACAACUGAGAAAUAAAUUUCUGUUG